CCUAUCUAGACGAACUUGCGUAGAUGCUACGCAUGAAGAAAAUCAUCCAAUCGCAUUUCACGUGCGUCCGUGGCUAUCUUUUGUUUAUAAUUGUUAUGCAACUGUGCGAAUCUGAUAAGCGCGAUCAAAAUUCCUUUCUUUUCGCGAAAUAAAGGCCUUUAAUUGGCUGGUUAUCUCGGACCUUAUGCGUAUUAUACAGCAGUCUGCAGUGCUCCGGUGCUCCCGUUUUUUACGACAUGAUAAUAAUUCGGAUCCAGAGCCUGGAUCGUCCGAACUCGACGAUGCCAUAUGCCCCUACCUAUCUCACGUUGAACUUUGUACUUUAAACGGUGCACAGAUGGUUAUAAUCCCUACCUUUUCACUUGAUAUCGUUUCGGAGCUAUUAUCGGUUUCGCACUGUCAUUUCUAAAGUGAAAACGACUUCGAUCCGACGUAGUAUCGUUCUUCAAUUCCGUCUAGAAAGGAGUAUUAUAUCGGUACAUAAUGAUGCUCAGCAAGAUAUUUAACCCGAGAUUGUACCAGAAAAUGGUACGAUCCUUCUCGGCAGCUGCCGAAUCUGCUCAAGGAUAUAACUUUGAACCGUCUGAUACUCAGAAGGAAAUGCAAGAAUUAGCGCGGAAGUUUACCAGAGAAGAGAUUAUCCCGGUUGCUGCGGAGUAUGAUAGAACUGGAAAAUAUCCAUGGGAUAUUAUUAAAAAGGCAUGGAGUAUUGGUCUUCUAAAUAAACAUAUACCACAACACUGUGGUGGUAUGGAGACUAGUAUUUUUGAUGGGUGCUUGGUUACGGAAGAAUUGGGUUAUGGUUGUACGGGAAUAACAACUGCAAUAGAAACCACAGGUCUUGGACAAACUCCAGUUAUCAUAGCUGGAACGAAAGAACAGCAAAAGAAAUAUCUUGGACGACUUAUAGAUGAGCCACAUGUUGCGGCAUAUUGCGUUACCGAACCUGGUGCAGGGUCUGAUGUAGCAGGUAUUAAGACUAGAGCUGAGAAAAAGGGGAAAGAAUGGAUAAUUAACGGUACCAAGAUGUGGAUUACAAACGGUGGUGUUGCCAACUGGUAUUUCGUUUUGACGAGAACAAAUCCAGAUCCAAAAGCUCCAGCUAACAAAGCUUUUACAGGCUUUAUUGUGGAACGCGAUAGUGAAGGUUUAACUCCGGGUCGUAAGGAGAUUAAUAUGGGACAAAGAGCAAGCGACACACGAAUGAUAACAUUUGAAGACGUUCGCGUUCCCGAAGAAAAUGUAUUGCUUGGAGAAGGGCAGGGCUUCAAGAUAGCCAUGCAGACUUUUACGAGGACACGAUCACCGGUCGCAGCAGGGUCUGUCGGUUUAGCUCAGAGAGCUCUGGACGAAGCAACGAAAUAUGCAACGGAACGCAAAACAUUUGGUAGACCGAUAGCGGAACAUCAAGCAAUAGCUUUCAUGCUAGCUGAUAUGACUAUUGGUGUUGAGACUUCUAGACUGGCGUGGAUGAAGGCAGCCUGGGCCGCUGACAAAGAUUUACCGAAUGCUUCAUUCCUCGCUAGUAUUGCAAAAUGUUAUGGCGCUGAUGUAGCUAAUAAAUGUGCCACAGACGCAGUGCAGAUUUUCGGCGGUGCGGGUUUCAAUUCCGAGUAUCCAGUGGAGAAGCUUAUGCGCGAUGCCAAAAUUUAUCAAAUAUACGAAGGUACUUCGCAGAUUCAAAGACUAAUCAUAUCGCGUGGUCUGUUUGAUGAAGCUAAACAAAAGAGCAACUAAAAAUUAAAUGUAUACCGAACUGAAUUGCAUCGUAAAAUUUUAUUUUUAUAUUGAAAUAUUUUUAUAUAGUGUAUUUUUAUAAGCUACGAAAUAAUACUUGUACGAUUAAACGAUUAUAUAUAGUAUUUUUAUUCUUAGAAUGUGAAUCUUUAUAUAUAUAUUAUACAUUAAUAUAAUAUAAACGUUGCAAUUUUUAUAUAAGGGACAUAUAAAAAAUAUAUAUCAAAUACGAAUUGUAUAUGCUGUGUAACUAUUUUGUAUGUGCUUUGUAACUAUAUAAUAUGAAUGUUCGUGUGAAAAUUAAAUCAUUAAAAUUCUUUUAGACUUAA